UUGUGUACACCUGCACCACAACGGACUCAAGCGGAGCUCCGCGGCGUAACAUCUGAUUUAGCCUCUGGCUGGAGUGUGUUCUGUGCGCAGGCUCCUUUUUUUUGUUCACCAAGAGCGCUCAACAUACUAGUCCCGCCAUUUCCCUUCCUCGGUGGUCGUUUUUUGCCCUUUCACAGCGCUUUAAAAGCGCAGCGGCGGCGGGAGGAGGAGAAGAAGGUGGAGGAGGAGGACUCGGGAGGAGGAGGUGGAGAAGCGGCGGCGGCGGCGGCGAGCAGGAGGAGAGACGCAGGGAUCCGGGGUGCCACAUCGGGAUGAGAGCGAGACGUAGACCCGGGUCCGAUGAGUCAGCGAGUGGACUCCGCAAUCACGACAGCCCCGAAAUCUGACUAAAGGAGACGAGCGGCGCCACGAAACCGAAACAACCCGAAAUUCAUCUGGACUGUUUUUUGAUUCCGCUUCUCUUUAUUUCCGCCCUCCCCUGGUCCGCGUCUGCCAUAGCCUAGUUUUUUUUUUUUAUAUAUAUAAUUUUUUUUUUUAUUUCCACUAAGGUGGGGAAAAAGUGGAGGUGGGGGUCCGGCAAGGUUGCGGGCGAGAGGGAGGUUUUCUUUACUUUUUUUUCUAAAAACAAAAGGCGGCCACUCCUGAAGAUAAAAGCCAGACUAUAUUUGAGUUAGUCUUUUGUUGCACUGAGGUGAGAGAAGAUGUCGGGGCAGAGCAUUACAGACCGGAUAACCGCAGCCCAGCACAGUGUAACGGGAUCCGCCGUCUCGAAAACAGUAUGCAAGGCCACCACUCACGAAGUAAUGGGCCCCAAAAAGAAACAUUUGGAUUAUUUGAUCCAUUGCACCAACGAGAUGAACGUGAACAUUCCGCAGCUGGCCGACUCGCUGUUUGAGAGGACCACCAACACCAGCUGGGUGGUUGUGUUUAAGUCGCUGAUCACCACACACCACCUCAUGGUCUAUGGCAACGAGCGUUUUGUUCAGUACUUGGCUUCUAGGAAUACACUUUUCAACCUCAGUAACUUUUUGGACAAAAGUGGGUUACAAGGUUAUGACAUGUCCACGUUCAUCAGGAGGUACAGUCGAUACCUGAAUGAGAAGGCCGUUUCGUACAGACAGGUUGCAUUUGACUUUACAAAAGUUAAACGCGGAGUGGACGGCGUAAUGAGGACCAUGAAUACAGAGAAGCUGCUCAAGACUAUCCCCAUUAUCCAGAACCAGAUGGACGCGCUCCUCGAUUUCAAUGUCAAUGCCAACGAGCUGACUAAUGGAGUCAUCAAUGCAGCCUUCAUGCUCCUCUUCAAAGACUCCAUCAGGCUCUUUGCUGCUUAUAAUGAAGGCAUCAUCAACCUGCUUGAGAAAUACUUUGAUAUGAAGAAGACUCAGUGUAAAGAAGGUCUGGACAUUUACAAGAAGUUUCUCACCCGAAUGACCCGGAUAUCAGAGUUUCUCAAAGUAGCCGAGCAAGUGGGCAUUGAUCGGGGGGACAUUCCAGACUUAUCACAGUUCACAGUUUGUGCUCCCAGUAGCCUUCUCGAAGCUCUGGAGCAGCACUUGGCCUCUUUAGAGGGCAAAAAGGUCAAAGACUCAACUGCAGCCAGCAGGGCCAGCACUCUGUCAAACGCAGUGUCAUCACUGGCCAGCACGGGGAUGUCUUUCACUAAAGUGGAUGAGCGGGAGAAGCAGGCAGCUCUGGAGGAGGAACAGGCUCGACUCAAAGCCCUGAAGGAACAGCGGCUCAAAGAGCUCUCCAAGAGGCCCUCCUUCGCUACCACGGACACGUCGCCGAUCUCUACCACAGGUGGCCCUAUCAGCACCACACCAGCCAUCGACCUCUUCUCUACACCCAGCUGCUCUAAUGGUGCUGUGAAGAUGGAGAGCGACCUUUUUGACCUGCAGUCAACUUUUCAGCCCUCCAUGCAAUCAGGCUCAACAGGGCUUCCAGUUGCAACAACGUGGGCAGAUCCUUUCACCUCUGCUGAACCUGGAGACGAAUCCAUGCCAAACCUUAACCCUUUCCUCUCAAAACUCGUUGUCGAUGCCACUCACUUACCUGUCGUGUCUUCAGACGGUGUUAGCUUUUCCUCUAGGACUUCCGGUCAUGAAAUGUUUGGUGAUCGUUACAAUCCCUUUAUUGACACAAACUCGUCCGUUUCAACCAAUUACAAACGCACAGUGCGGAUAGAACACUCCGUAUCAGACUCCUUCUGUGGUCCAGUGUCCAUUGCUCAGCACCUCUCACACCAGGCUCCCUUCCCCACUGAGCCCUCUGCUGUAGCAGGUCUAUUCAGAGGAUACUCAACGACACAGGCCCCUCCACAGCAGUCAGCGGGGGGACUCCAAGUGGACUUUGAGUCAGUUUUUGGCGCCAAAGCCACAGGCAGCAACAGCCUCAAUUCUGAUGAUAUUUCUGGGGGCAUCCUGAAACCGACUUUUGCCGGCUCCAACCAGGCUUCCGGUCAGCUGCCAGACAAACUGGUGUCAGACGACCUUGACUCCUCCCUGGCCAACCUUGUCGGCAACCUCGGCAUUGGGAACGGCACUAUGAAAAAUGACAUGCACUGGAGCCAGCCGGGAGAGAAGAGGAUGACCGGCGGCACCAACUGGCAGCCCAAAGCAGCGCCGUCCACGACCUGGAACCCCGUUUCCAUGCCGUCGUCGGUCAUGGCCUUCCCUGCUACCACACCCACUGGCAUGAUGGGAUAUGGCAUGCCUCCACAAAUGGGCUCCAUGGGGAUGAUGAAUCCGCCCACCAUGAUGUACUCUCAGCCUGUGAUGAGGCCACCCAACCCCUUUGGCUCUGUGUCUAGUGCUCAGCCCUCCGCAGCCUCUAGUCCUUCCAGCCAGAGUCCUCUCCGAGCCCCUGGACAGGACCCGUUUGCACACCUCUCUCUCAAGGAUUUCUUGUAGAGCAUCUCUUUAGAUGCAGUUCAUGUAAUUUGAAGAAAAGUGUCUCUCGGAAGGUGGAGCACUUUGCAGCAAAGCUUUGUCCUCGUUGCAGUCUAACUCUUUGGAGAAACAUUCACACACACCCCCAAAUACCGACACAAGAACACAAUGGUGCAGCGACUGUCAGAAACCAUGGUAACCAUGUCUAAAUGACGUUCGGCGAUGGCUCACACCUAUUAUUCUGUAACUUGUCCGACGUGGAGUGAUGCUGCUGUCUAAACCCCCCCCCCCUCCCCCACCCC